ACCUAGGUUCCCGAUCAACACCUGGGCACACCGUAUCCAUGCCCUACCCCGCGAAUUGGCUGGCUGUGCCGGCUGGGCUGGCUGUUCUCCGCAAAAUGGGGAAAAUUCCCAUUCGUCCUCUGCUCUUCUCCCUCUUCGUUCCUACAGGAUCUGCCUCUGCCUCUCCUUCUUUUGACGUCCUGCCAAUCUGCCUGUUGAACCCCUAUUAAUUGUCGACACUGACACUGACCCGUGUUGUACGUUAUCCAGCACAGACGACGACUACAAGCCAACAACAAAAUGCUCAUCUACACGAAACGCGUUGCGCCCAAAGCUCCCAAAAGACGCUCACGAGCGGGUAAGUACACAGCUUCUCCAUGUAUAUUGAGCCUUCAGCUGACGUAGGAUUGGCACGAAGGGUGUAUACAUUGCAAAGAGAAGGUACAAAAAUUCUCACAACUCCCUCACCAUGUGGCGCGCCGCCUCUGACAUCAUUCGCAGAAGAAGAAAUGCAACGAAAACAGACCUCAAUGCGAUCGCUGCCAGGAACGUGGUCUGGACUGCGAGUAUGAAGCCGUAAAGCCUCGAAAGCGACGCCGGGCGUCGAUGGCCAGUUCUGCCCUGUCACGCGAAAACGAUUGCGACCGCUGGCCUGGACGGUUCUCGACUGGAGAUAUAUACUAUGAUGCUCAGAGUAAUGGGGACGCGAUCAGCAAAUGGGAUAACGGCUCUACAUACCAAUAUCAGGGCUCAGAAGGCUCGGUAGACUGGGACGCGCCGUAUGGGGAUGAUAUCGAGGAAAUCAUACGGGCGGAUCCAAUGCCGAUUCCUGCUUCUACAGCGGUGGUACGGUCACGGAGCCAAUAUCCGGAUCUUGCGAUGAUCGCACCUUCCCCUGUGGCAUCUCCGCUUCUUGAGUUCUGUGCGCCAGUCUUCGAGGAGUUUACGGACCGUACGAAUCGUAGGGCUUUGGUGGACCAUUUCUGCAAUGUCCUGUCACAUCUAAUUGUGUUCAAAGAGGACACCGGAAAUCCAUUCCGUCAACUUGUGUUACCAUUAUCGCAUGCGAGUUCGCCAGUUAUGAAUGCAAUAUUCGCAUUGUCCAGUGCUCAUCUGGAGUACAGAGGGAUCGAGAAUGGGGAGAAGUCCUUGGACUUCCAUAACAAAGCUCUUCAGGGUCUUGCAAGCUUGAUCGAGCAAAACGACAUGUCGAGACGAGAGGAAGUUCUCGGAGCUAUCAUGCUAUUGGUUUAUUACGAAGUGCUCGUCCAACGCGGAAAUUCCAACAUCGUGAACGGACACCUGAAAGGCGCCAUGACGGUCAUGAAAUCCGGCCCUCCGAUCACAACACCAACAACUUUAUUUUUAGAACGAGCUUUCCGUUUCUACGACGUAAUAGCAGCGUUGUCUCUUGGAACCGCUCCAAAUGCAAGCCACGAAACGGUAUCACCCCCCUUUCCUGCUUCAACAGCAUCGACAGAUUACAUUCCCAACUCACCUCUCAGCGCAGUCGACACGCUGCUCGGCCUCUCCACAGACCUAUGGCCCAUCAUCCACCGCCUCUCCCAUCUCCUCUCCUACAAAAACUCCCUCGAAGCAGCCGUGGCGUCCGGCCAAACCUCCAAAGCCACAGUCCUGCGUACCGAGCUUGAAAGCACAUCCCAAGCCAUCGAGCACGCCCUCGCGACAUGGAAACCCACUUUCACUUCCUCGGGCGAAGAUGCUGAUUGUGAGAAUAUCGAGACCCAGAGCACCCGGAUCCAGAGUAUCUUCCACAAUGCCGAAGCAUAUCGUCAUUCCGCUUUCGUCUACCUGUACAGAACGAUCCGUGCCCAGCCAAGAACUCACCCCACGGUGCAGAAACACGCGCAUCUCGCGUUACAAGCAUGUUCAAACGUCGUCCAGCUCGCAGAACGGUGCUACGACGGACCGAUGUCCGCGUUGCUCUGGCCGCUAUUCGUUUCAUCCUGUGAAGCGACGACGGCUGAGGAUAGAGAGUUGGCGAUGAAUGGGUUCUGUGGUACAGAGAGGAGACAAGGGAUGACUAACAUCGUGAGAGCUUCGGAGGUGGUGCAGGAGGUUUGGAGGAGGGUCGAUCUUGGGGAGGAAGAGGUCGAUUGGAGGGGGAUUUGUGAGGAGAGGAAUUUUAGUAUUGUUUUUGGCUAA